AUGCCGUCAGGCCAAAGAAGAAGGCUUGCUUGCUGGACUCACCCAGAGAUCUCAGACAGUCGGCAGGUGUCAGGAGACCAGAAGGACUACAGUCACAGUGUUCACUGCAGCAAGGCCUCGGGCAUGCAGCAGUUGUUGGUGAGUAAAGGAGAUGUUCUCCCUGAGCAGCGGGAGGAGAAUCUGAGUCUGGACCAAAAUGACUCACAGCCUCCGAACAUUAAAGAGGAACAGGAGAAACUCUGUGUAAUUCAGGAGGGGAAGCAGCUUCAUGGUCUGGAAGAGGCUGGUGUGACUACGUUCCCUUUCACUGUUGUCUCUGUGAAGAGUGAAGAUGAAGAAAAGCCACAGUCAUCACAGCUUCAUCAAAGCCAGAGAGAUGAAGGCAGAGAUGUGCAGCUUCUACACAGAGUCUCAACUGAACCCAGAACACUGAAAACAGAAGCUAUUGGAGAAGACCGUGGAGGAUCAGAACCAACCAGAGACUCAGGUCCAUGCAGUCAUUUACAGCCACACACUGAUGAUCUGCAGCAGUUGUUGCUGAUUAAAGAAGAACUCCCUGAACAGCAGGACAUUACAGAGAAACAAGACAAACCCUGGAUCAGUCAGAAGGGACAGCAGCUUCACCAGCUGGAGGAGGAUGAUAUCACAAAGUUCCUUCUCACUGUUGUCCCUACGGAGAGUGAAAAAUCACAAAGCCAACAUGGUGAGAGCACAGAGGCAGAGCCUGCAGCCAGCACUUCAACUGUACACAGAACACUGACAGCACAAGGUGAUGGAGGGGAAUAUGGAGGAUUGCAACCCUCCAGCAACUCGGGUCCAAACUGUCUGUCAGGUCCAGACAGUUCUGAAACUGAGACUGAUGACAGUUGUGAAUGGAAACGUACUAAAGACGUUAAUUCAUGUUUUAACUGUCAGACAAAUAACAUCUCAAAGCAACACAGAGGAAUACAAGCAAGUGAAAAAGCAUUUAGCUGUCCUGAUUGUGGUACAACAUUUGGACAAAAGGACAGAGUUAUUAAACAUAUGAGAAUUCACACAGGAAAGAAACCAUAUGGCUGUUCUAAGUGUGGAAAAAAAUUUGGAGAGAAGGAUGAUCUGGUCAGACACCUGAGAAUUCAUACAGGAGAGAAACCAUUUCCCUGUUCUGAUUGUGGGAAAAGAUUUGCGCAGAAGAGCACUUUGAAUUCACACAGGAGAAUCCAUACAGGAGAUAAACCAUUUGGCUGUUCUCAGUGUGGAAAAUCAUUUGGACAGAAGGGUGUCCUAAUGAAGCACAUGGCAGUUCAUGCAGGAAAGAAACCAUUUGGCUGUUCUGACUGUGAUACAAGAUUUGGACAGAAAGGUGAUCUGGUCAGACACCUGAGAAUUCAUACAGGAAAGAAAACAUUUGUCUGCUCUGAUUGCGGAAGAAAAUUUGGACUGAAGGGUUAUCUGGUCAGACAUCUGAGAAUUCAUACGGGAGAGAAACCAUUUGGCUGUUCAGAUUGCGGUAAAAGAUUUGGGCAGAAGGGCAAUUUGAAUGCACAUAUGAGAAUUCAUACAGGAGAGAAACCAUUUGGCUGUUCUCAAUGUGGAAAAACAUUUAGACUGAAAGGUGAUCUGAUUAAACAUAUGGCGGUUCAUGCAGGAGAGAAGCCAUUUGGCUGUUCUGAUUGUGGAACAAGAUUUGGACGAAGGGACAGUCUUCUUUCACAUAUGCGAAUUCAUACAGGAGAGAAAACAUCUAUCUGUUCUGAGUGUGGAAAAAAAUUUGGACAGAAGGGUGAGCUUCUCAAACACCUGAGAGUUCAUACAGGAGAGAAACCAUUUCCUUGUUCUGAUUGCGGGAAAAGAUUUGGACAGAAGAGUGAUCUGAAGAAACACCUGAGAAUUCAUACGGGAGAGAAACCAUUUGGCUGUUCUAAAUGUGUAAAACAAUUUGGACAGGAAGGUGAUCUGUUAAGACAUAUGAGAAUACAUUCAGGUGAGAAACCAUUUGGCUGUUCUGAUUGUGGUAAACGAUUUGAACGAAAGGACCGUCUUGUUUCACAUAUGCAAAUCCAUUCAAGACAGAAACCAUUUUGCUGUUCUAAGUGUGAAAAACAAUUUGGACAGAAGGGUGCUCUGUUCAAACAUAUGAAAAUUCAUUCAGGACAGAAACCAAACCACACACAUCACUAUAGUGUGUCUUGAUCAUUAUUUUCCAUGUUACACAAUGGGGUAGGGGUGGUGGCCAAGUUGUUAGUGCACUUAUUCCAGGAAGAGAAAGUUCCCACUUCAAGGCCACCCCUGCCCAUUCUCCAUGUAAUACUGAGUUGUGUCAAAAAGAGCAUCCAGUUGUGCCAAAUCAACAUGCUGUUCCAACUCUGAUUUGCUGUGGGGACCCCAAGUGAAAAAAGGUAGAAGUUGAAGGAACUUACACAAUAAUUAAUAGAUGAGAGAAAUGACUUGCUGUAAAUAUAGUAGAUGUUUUGGUCAAAAUGACAAUCGCUUUGUAGGUUUUCAUGUUAUGAACAUACAUAAUCCUCUGUCUUGUGUGUCUGUGCAUGCCACUGUUGUGUAUGCUUCUGUUUCUGUUUUUUCUUGGUAUCACCACAGUAGAACCUGUAUCGAUCCAUGCUUUUAUUUGGCACAACUUUUACAAUGAUGCAGUUGCGGGUGCCUCAUUUAUGAAUUGUGUGUGUUUUUUCUGUCAGCAGCGGAAUGCUGU